GGGAUCGAAUGUCAGAUGUGGCUCGAGCGCACCCAGCUUGUCUCAUCCCCCCCUCUCUCCUCCCCUCCCGUCCCUUCCGCUUCACUGCUGCUGCUGCGCUUUCUUCUUCCAUUACUCCUGCAGGAGGACAGCGAGGAGGCCGAGGAUGAGGAGGAAGCCUUGAUGCGACGAUCUUCGUCGAUCAGAGUCUUGCCAACUGGAGAAGGAGGAGGCCCAGGAUGCCGCAGCGGCCGACGACAGGGGCGGCAUCGACGCGAUGGCGACGCUCAGGGCCCCUUCAACAGCCUCCUCACCUCGGCCGAGGUGCUGAUGUGGGGGGUGGUCCUGCCACUGCUCACCGUGUGCACCGCGCGGGGCAUCUUCGUUGGGCAGCUCAGGCUGCCGCCGGGCGUGUUCAGACACGUGGUCCCCUUCGGGCUGAGCCUGCUGGUGGGGAUGCUGCUCUCGACGAUGGGCUUCAUCUUCAUGUACGCCGCCUCCGCCCUCGUGAACGCCAUCGCCUCUGGCCCGCGCCCCGCGCCCUCCGCGGAGGCCGCCUGGCCCGCCGAGGCGCCCGCGCUGCCGGCCGCGCCCGACGCGGAC